ACAUAAAGUAUAAUUGAAGCAUGAUCCCUUUCUGUGGCAAAAAGAUGCAUUGUUGUCUGAGUAAGUAUGUUUACUUUUUGAGGUACCUUAAUCCAUCUGGCAAUUGCAGUUAUUUGGAUACUGAACUUUCUAAUAACAAGAGCUGUCACUACAGAAUUGUAGUGUGGCCUUCUCAUUGCCUGUAUGGCUGAGAAGAUUGAAAAAGUAAUUAGCAACCAAGAUUGGGUCCCUACUCUAAUUUGAUUCUCAUUGCGUAUCUCUUUCAAAUGUUAUUAUUUUAAAACAUUCAGGAAUGAAACCAGUCUGCAUGCAGGUUAAUGGAGCAGGGGACUUUUUACGCAGCUGAGCAUUUCAUUUGGCCUGAUCCAAGGAAGACAAUGAAAGUAGAUGAAUUUUUACUGCAACUUGAGAGAAAAGGGGAAUUUUGUUCAUUAGGAAUCCCAACCAGACUUGAUUCUGACUUGUCAUAUUAACAGUGGUCUACAAUUGUGUGAUGUUGUAACAAGGAAUGAUCUUUUUGAUAUCCUGGAAGCCAUAAAUUCUAAGAAGAUGGAAGUUGUGACUAAUAUACAGGCUGACUUCAAUAGCACCGAAGGACCUCUUAGAAAGCCUAUGUCCCUUCUUUUGAACAGCUUGGUGGAGGAGCCUAAGAAAAAAGCUGAUGUUCCCAACCACCUCCUGGAAUCAAAGAUUUAUACAAAGCUAUUAAGAAACAAUGUUAUACAGGCUAAACCUGCCAUAAUGCAUUAUGGAGGGUUUGAGACAGAAAAACAUCACCAACAAGUGCUGAAACUCAUAAAUAUUUCUGGAGAAGUUAUAAACGUCCAUAUUAUUCCACCUGAUACAAAAUACUUCCAGAUCAAAUAUAGGAAAAUUCAGCGACUUGUCCCUGGCUUAUCCUUUACAGUAAUGGUUGAUUUCUGUCCUGAUGAAUGGCGAUACUAUUAUGACUGCAUCCGAAUCCAUUCUCAGGGAGAUGAAACUUUGCUGAUCCCUUUGCAUGCCUAUCCCGUGAUGAAUGAUGUAGACUUUCCAUCCUACAUUAAUCUGUCUGAUGUUCCUUUGGGACAGUGUAAGCGAUAUGUGGUCCCUCUGCAGUGUAGCUGCCCCAUAGAUUUUGAGUUUCAGGUUGAGUACCUUCAACCCCACAAAGCCUUUACUGUGCAUCCCAUAUCAGGAAUAAUUCCAGCCAGUGGAAAAGCAGAAGUAAUAAUUACAUUUGCACCUUUUGAAUAUGGGACAGCCCAAAUAAAAAUCCAGUUGUGGAUUUCGCAGUUUAACUCAAAACCUUACACGAGUACAUUCACAGGAACGUGUACCCCACACCUAAAUUUAACAAGAGGAGACUUUGAGAACCAAGAGUCAGUUUUGCAAAGAAUACCAAAGUCUGCUGAAAAAGCAGUGGUAUGCCUGCCACAGAAAACAAUGUCACUGAAAGAAAAACACAAGCCGCUACAGAAAGUACAGGCUAUUGAAUAUAAAAACUUGAGAUUCCCUGUUGAUUUGUCAAAUCCUUAUGCUGUGGCAACAGUUUUGAUUCAAGAACCAGGCAAACUGAAGAUUAAACAUUUAAGAGAAGUCCUAGGAGGACAAGGUGACGGAGGAACUAAAACACGACAGAUAAAAGAAGCUGUUUUUCAAUUAAAAGUCAAACAGGAUAUACAGGAAGAGCAAAUCAAUCAACUUAAGUGGCAAGUUCAUUUAGGUAAAGAUCCAAUAUGUCCAACUGUUCAAAAGCAAAUCCUUGAAGACCGGCAGAAAGAAGAAGAACUUUACAAGAUUAAAAGAGGAGAUCCCAUUCUGGAGAAGGAGUUUGAAAGAAAGCAUGUUGAAAUCUCUUUGAAACGUAUCGUCCGAGACAUCAGUGAGUGUCCCCAGUUUCAGCCUACUUUUGACCUUCUGCUUAACAAUCCUUGGUACCACAAGCAUAGAAUUCAGCAGCAAUUCCAACAAGCUGCGCGAAAGGUCCUGGUUCAGUGCCGGCUAGAUAAAGUGAUAAAUUUGCUUCGUGACGUAUUUAAGCGUUUUAGAGACCAAGAAGAGGAGGAGAAGAGAUUGAUAUCAGAAUGCAGCAGUUUUAAAACAUCCAGCACCGCUGCUAUAACCGAUGAGGAGAAGAGAAUGCCUUUUGCCUUGACUGCAACUCGAAUACAGCCUUUUGAAUUCCCUACCUACAAUCCACCACAGUGGGCUGAUGAACUGGCACCAGAAGUUUUGGGUAUAGUUCCUGUCAAGUCUGCUGCAGUUAAACUCAAACAGCUCCACCACUUUUUUGACCUAAAGGUACCCCAGCAUUUCAGUAGCAUGGGAUACCAACCAUUCUGCAUACAUCAUGCAGCAAAUAGUUACAAGGUUCCAAAAUAUUUUCAAACUCUGAAGUCAGGCGCUGAGGAAGAGCUGAUUCCACUAAUGCCUGCUUCUGAAGAAAAAUCCUUGGUUGCACAGGAUGAGGAACUAGACACUUCCCUCUUAAACCUGAAAGCUCCUGAAGCUUUGCUUCACCCUCCAAGCCAUCAUCCACUUCAAAUUUUUAAUCCUAGUCCAGGACUGUUUGAGUUCAAGCUACCACUAUCCUAUACCGAAAGCAACAUUGAAUAUCAUAUUUGCCCUCUUCCAAAAUUUGCAAAUAGCAAUAAAUACCCAUCUGGCACUGCAAUUACACAAAAGAAGUUUCUUCAUCACAAGGAAGUGAUUCGUGGUGUAACUAACUGGAGAACAUUCCCACCAGUUAUCAGUUCAACGUUACCAAACGUACCAGCUCUGAAUAGCAUGGCAACACCAUUCUGCAUUGAUCCUUAUAACACAGACGUGCUUCCAAAAGUUGUGCCUCCAAUUCUGCAUGAGUUACCAGAACAAGACAAGGAAAAUGUAGUUGAUGAAGUGAUUGAAGGAGAGGCGUCUGUUUUACUUACACCGCAGAUGAUAAAAGCCGAAUUUCCACAGAUUGACUUCUCAGCAGAAGAGAAUAGAUCAAAAGAGGGAAGUGAAGGAAAUGCAGAAGUUAAAAUUGGUUCUUUUACAUCUCUACAUAGAUCUGUGCCCGUUUCCAGUGAUGUGAGGGACAUCGUGGAUUCGUAUGUUCUGAAUCAGAAAAAUAUAUAUGGACAAAAGAUUACAGAAGCUAUGGAGAAACUGAAAGAGAAAGCAGUUGACAAGAAUAUGAUCCUAAAUUAAAUUGUCUCCUUGGGACAGGCUUGAAUGUUUUUAAGUGUCAGUCACAUUUUCUAUGCUUCUUAUAAUGUGAGUCACACAUUAGGGACAUUCUGUGAUUCAGGAACAGAACAUUCCAGAGAGCUCCAGAAUAUUCUGUUCCCCUUUUAAACUAUGCCAAACAAAGGCGGAAUGGAACAUUCCAGCAUUUUCCCAUUUCCAGAUUGUCAAAUUGUGCUGAUCCCUAGCUCCCACUGUUAUACUUCCAUGCAAGGUACCAUAACUUUGUGAAUUAAAGUACAUUUGUGUAGAAGCUUCUGCUUCACAAAAUGAAACACAUCUCCUGAGGCCAACUUUGUACAAUAGUACAGGAAAGAGUGUCAAAUAAGUCUAAGUGUGUGAUAAUCCUCAUUGGGUAGUUGCCAUUUUGGCUUUCCGUGUAUCUUAUUUCUUACUUUCAACCCUGUGAACCUUGUAUGUGGCCUCUUUGAUUGCUUUUGUUAAUAUGUAUAUAUUUGUUCAUCCAGUUUAAAUUCUUAGACUGUCCAGUGUAUACACAAGCGCAUAUAAAUUAUUUUUAUAUACAUGCAUGUAUAGUGUUGUGUGUCUCCUGUGAAAGAGCACUUACUGCUUUCCAAUAAAAUGCAGAGAAAGUAGUACAUUCUGUAUUUGUGCUGAGUGGAUAUAAUAUAAAUAGUAUGUAAUAUAAGCUGGACCACCAUCUAGUAUUUGAUCUCUUGGAUUACUGAGUCAAACACAAUGGCUUCCCCUGGUAUCUUUCAGUCUAUGUGUAAAAUGGAUUAGGUCAGGAGCAGGCAACCUGGUAUUCUUCAGAUGUUUUGGACUUCAGUUCUUACAAGUUGUAGCCAGCAGAGCCAGGGGCAAGGGACCAUGGGCAGUCGGUUACAGUUUAGAAGAGCUGCACUCGUUUGCCUAGCCCAGGAGUAGGUAUAUUAAGACAGAAAACACAGAGCCAAGGUGAUCAGGAGUGAGUGAAUACAUGGUCUUGGGUCUCUUCAUGGGGCAGUUCAGAACCCAGUUUAAGAUGAUACAUAAAACCUGUCUCAGUGGCAGCCAGAGCAGAUAGGAAGUCUGAUUUGAAAUCACAUCAAAACCAGGGAAAACAUCACCCAAACAAAUGUUGGCAAAUAAGUUUGCUGGUGUUGAAUACAGUAAUUAAAUCUGCUUCACUUUCCCCAUCUUAGUUGUUACCUGAUUACAUCUGCUUUGCUUAGCGAAGGAUAAUGUAUUUAUUAAUGUACAUAUUAAUAUGCUGAAUCAUGGCUUUCACUGAUAUCUGAAAUUGUGUUAUUAGGGACUGAUUUAUGGUGUUUAUUAGUGUCCUAAAAAUAUGAAAAACGCUGAUGAUUUUUAUAUGCUUGAUGUUUAUAGAAAAGCUGUGUAUUCUCUAAUGUCAGAAUUACAUCAUAAUUAGGGUAAAAUGUAUUGCUAACUUCUUAAAUUGCAGGAUUAUAGGGAGAAAAGAAAAACAAACUGACUUGAAUAAGAAAAAUAGA